ACAUUAUACAUUCUGUUUCACAAUAUUCUAUUCUAUUCCGUUGUAGGAAAAAAAAAUAAAAUCCGCGAUAAUCCAUGUUCGAAACGUUGUUAUCUCGUUUAAAGUAAACAGCAGUCAGCAAUAUUAUAGCCGUCACUCUUCAAACUAUUGAAAUAUACCUACCUAGGCACCUAUUAUAAUAUUGACUUUCAUCAGCAAAACGGCGUUCACUAUUCGUACGAAACGACAAAACCAGUGGGAACCGUUCGACGUAAUUAUUAUUCACUCGCACAGUUGUUACUCACUAUUCUCGUCGUCGUGUUGCGAUAGCCGGCCUAUCGUUUUUUUCUACCCAUAGUGUAGCGCAGUGCAGACGUUCACUAAAAAUUUAUCAUAGCGGCUAUUGCGUCGAAUUCAUUUAGUUUUUUUUCGUAUUCUGUUUUUACGCUUUUGGAAAAUAGGGUAGUUUAGUUUUACCGGUUUUUCCUAUUUUACCGCUAUAAUGUCAUCUAACGUCGGCGAUGGAGUGCCGGAUGCCGUAGAUGGACUUUAUGAUGUUUACAGCGUGAGCUUUUGGCUUAAAGUGUUGUUGAACGGCAGUCUGGUAGCGAUUAUCACGUUUCUAUUAAUGAAAAUAUUCAUGAAACGCAACGAGCCUGAAGUCGAAGAACAAGAAGAUGUGACGCUACCAAAAAUGAAAAAGAGAGAUUUUACCAUCCAAGAGCUACGCGAAUUUGACGGCACCAAAGGUGACGGACGCAUUUUGGUAGCGAUCAAUGGCAAAGUGUUUGACGUCACUAAAGGAAAACACUUCUAUGGACCUGGUGGUGUUUACUCAACAUUUGGUGGACAUGAUGCUUCUCGUGGAUUAGCUACAUUUUCAGUUAGUGGUAAAGAUGAAUACGAUGACCUAAGUGACCUGAAUUCUUUAGAGAUUGAGUCUAUGUUGGAAUGGGAAACUCAAUUUAUGGAAAAAUAUGAUUAUGUUGGGCGUCUACUGAAACCAGGAGAAUCUCACAGUUAUUAUACUGAUGAAGAAGAAACUCCUACCAAUAAACUUCAUCUGGAAAAUCCAAAACAAUGUGAAACUGACAAACCUAAAAACUAUGCUGUAGGAGAUUCUGAAAAUAUUAACGAAUUAUCAAAAACUGGAACCAAAGAUAAUAAUGAGGAAAUUAUAGACAACAACAGUGGUCUAUCUUCAAAUAGUAAUGACGAGAAACCUGAGGCCACUAAAUUAUUGGAUAUCCCAACCAAGCAAGAUGAAAUUCAUACCUUGGAAAAAUAGUACAAAUUAUUUAAAUUAACAUCGGUAUUUAUUUUCAACUAUGGGGGACUAUGAACGGUUACGUCUGUUACGGUGAUGGGAUUCAUUAUAUACUGUAAGGGUGUUAAAGUUUUUUGUUUUGUACUUAAUAAUAUGACUGAAAUCAACAAUUA